GUUCCCCCUUGAUUUUAGCUGCAGCAACAACACAGCAGCAUUUCCUCACCGAAGCAGCAUCUCCAAUCCAUCCGAAUCCAUAAAGUGUUUACACGAAACUUAUCACAAUAAUUAUCAUACUAUCUGCCUGUGUACCUUCGCCUUAUCUGCUGCGUAAGCGUCGUGCGAUCCAAUCGACUGUAUCGAACGUAAAGUCGUUUCACAGCAUAACACACACACACACACACCGGGGAAAGGAGCGGUUCUAAAAAUAGUGCACACUGUUGUGUGGGGUGCUUAAUUUAUGCUCCCCUGCUGCUGCUGUUGCUGCUAGAUCUGAAACAAGGCAACCUGCGAUCGUUGAGACAAAUCAUAGCUGGAGUAGUGUUAGCGCUGCUGCAAGCGAAGCAAUUUCUGCGUAACUUUGUGCUCGAAGAAGUCGUUCCUCUGCUUCUACAAUGACCGACCUAACGACCAAGUACAAUAUCAUCGAUGAAAAGCCACCCUUUAACGCACCGUUGAAGGGACAAUACAAGCAGGGCUUCGGUUACUACACCAUGCGCGAGCGACUGCCCGUCAUCCUGACGCAGGUGAUUGAUCAGCUGUCCAAGGACAAGGAGCAGAUUGUGGCCAACUUUGGUGGCGAAACGGCGCGCGAAGAGUUGAAGGGUGCGAUCGGGGAAAUUUCCAAGCUGAAGUAUGAGCUGCAGACGGAUAAGGACUUUCGCCCGAUAAAGACGGCGCUCGGGGACGAGACGGUGUGGAACAGCUUUCUCGAAGGUCUUGGGCAGGACAAUUCCUACUUUUCCGCCUGCUGGCUGUACGCGGAAACGUACAUGUACCGGCGGUUAAACAACAUCUUCGAGAACACUCAAACGCUACAAAAGCUGGACUACUUUCAGCAGCAAAAGCAUAAAGCGCUGACAAACUCGUACGAUGCCAUGGUUGCGGUGUUGCGAUCCAUCGAAGCAUUCAACGGAGAAACCAGAACGACGGAAGAAAUCGGUUCCUUUUUCCGCAAUCUGUUAAAGUUGAACCUUUGGGGCAAUCGAUGCGACUUGUCCAUCAGCGCCGGUCAGGAUGUGAAACAGGACGGUGACCCGUUCAGUCUGCUCGACUCGCUAGACCAGUGCAUUGUGCGCGAUCAGACACAAGACAUUUGGGAGUGCAUUACGGCCAACGGCUCCUCUGGCAUUGUGGAGAUCAUAAAUGACAACUCCGGGUACGAACUGUUCACCGACCUUUGUCUGGCAGAUUUUAUCGUCCAUCAUCAGCUCGCCCCCCAGGUGUGUUUCAACGUGAAGGCCAUUCCGUGGUACAUAUCGGACGUAACGCCGAAGGACCUGCAGUGGACGCUGGAUACGCUGGCCUCGAACGUAUCGCAGCCACUGCUCGCACAGUUCGGUACGCGUCUGAAAGCCCAUUUCGCAUCCGGGGCGCUAGAAAUGCGCCCUGUCGAUCACUUCUGGACCUCACCGUACGAGUUCUACCGAAUGCGCGACAUUGCACCGGCACUGUACGAAAAGCUAUCGCGGGCAAAGCUGCUCGUGUUCAAGGGGGAUCUGAACUAUCGGAAACUGUUGGGAGAUUUUAACUUCCCGUACAAUACGCCCUUCGUUGAGGCGCUGCGUGGCUUUCUGCCGACUAGCCUGUGCACGUUGCGCACGGUAAAGGCGGAUCUGAUCUGCGGGCUGCCGGAUGGGAUGGCGGAAGAGCUGACGCGCAAGGACGCCUCGUGGAUGGUGACCGGGGAGUACGGGGUGAUACAGUUUGCCGGGAAAUGACCGGAAUGUGCCGGUGAUUAGGCGUAGCGGCGUGUGCUUUUUCUCUUAUUUUGAUUUGUUAUGGGUGAGAUAUUGUUUUAACGAAAAUAAAUUACGUUGCGUAAA